AUGCUGAAGAUUCUGGCUGAAACGCCUUCGCUGGUCAGCGAACUCGAUCUGCAGAUUAGUCAGCUGGCAUUGAAUUUUGUUGCUGAUAUGAUUUGCACGCAUCCACAACUUAUACCCGUAUGUCUUACGGAGCUGCUGGCCGCAUUCGUACUUCUUUCACAGAGUUCACUGCUGCAAGGUGCGACGUUGACGUCUGCGUUGAAUCUGUUGGAGGCACUUGUCAAGAAUCCGGUGCCAAAUAAGCCUUCAUUGAAGGAUCUCUUAAGUGAGUUGACAGCACCAGUAUUCGAACAUGCAUCUCUACCACGACAAGCAUACCAUUCCAUAUCGGCAUGUACG